CAAAUUCACUUAGAUAUAAUAUUAAUACAGUGGACAAGCCAGGCUUCAGCAAUACGUGAACCGUGAACUUCCAGUGUGAAAUGUGAAACCCAAACGACUCCAUUUUAGGAUAGCACCGCCAUUUUGAGUAAAACCCCCUCCCGAGGAGAGAAAACGAAAUUUAAAGAGAAAGAAACUCAACGAGCCAAUCAGGGGAGGACAGGAAAGUCCCUCCCCCCUCACUCUAACCCACCAAUCAGUAGCUAACAAGACACCCUUAGUUGAAGAAUUAACCAAUCCCCUUAAGCUUCCCGUCUCGCGUCCCCUGCUGCACAGUAUAAACACGAUUCUCCGCUUUCAGGGGGGGCUCCUUCGCCAUGUGUGAAGAGAGUGCCUGCUCCAGCUUGUAAUAAAGUUCCUCACUGUUUUUGCAUUGAUCCGCGGCUCCUGUGGUGUUUGGUGGGAUUCCGCGAUCCGGGUACAACAUUUUGGGGGCUCGUCCGGGAUCCCCAGACCCUCCAGGACCCGCGCUUCGGAGGACGAAUGGCUGUGCUGAAUGGCCCAGCUUUAACAUAGGCUGGCCUCCUGAAGGGACUUUGGACUUAAGGACCGUCAGGAGAGUCCGAGAAAUCAUCCUCAGACCUUGAAGCGGACAUCCAGACCAGGUUCCAUAUAUCCUGGCUUGGGAAGAUCUAAUAGUCAGCCCAACCCCUUGGAUCCAACCCUUUUUACCUCCACAGGCAGCAGCAGCCACGGAGAUCCUAGUGGCUGAAGAAAAGAAAAAGCCUCCGGCUGCCCCCUCUGCCCCUGUUUUACAGGAAGACUCCACUCUUCUUGAUCUCCUUAUCACACCUCCACCAUAUUCUCUCCCCCCUCCUAUUCAGCCCGAACCCCCACUUCCCCAACCUUCUCCAGAACGGCUGGGGGAGGACCUGCAAUGAACACCGGAAAUCGUAGGGCCGCCUCCCCCGGGGGGCCUGCUGACUCUACGUCAGCAGCUAUUCUUCCUCUCAGGGCUCUGGGUCCCCCUGAUGCUGAUGGAAAUCAGCCCCUUCAAUAUUGGCCCUUUUCUACUAGUGAUUUAUACAAUUGGAGGACCCAGAACACCCCAUUUUCAGAGAGACCUAAAGAGCUUAUUAAUUCGUUAGAAACUGUUCUGUUUACUCAUCAACCUAUGUGGGACGAUUGUCAGCAGCUACUCCAGAUAUUAUUCACCACAGAAGAAAGAGAAAGGAUCCAGCUAGAGGCGCGGAAGCUGGUGCCAGGAGAUAAUGGGCAACCCACGGCCAACCCUGCGAUGAUUAACUCUUCCUUCCCUUUGUCUAGGCCACAGUGGGACUAUAACACGGCGGAAGGGAAGGAGCGGCUGCCGGUCUACCGCCAGACUCUGUUGGGGGGUCUCAAAGCGGCCGCUCGCAGGCCCACUAACUUGGCUAAGGUAGGCAAUGUACAACAAGGGAGAGAACAGAGUCCAGUGGCGUUCCUGGAGAGACUGAUGGACGCAUUCCGUCAGUGCACUCCCAUGGAGGCAGAGGAUACUAGGUCAGCCUUAAUGAUGCAUUUUAUUAAUCAGUCAGCCCCAGAUAUAAGGAAGAAGUUACAGAAGAUAGAUAGAUUAGGUGAAAAAUCUAUUCAAGAUCUGAUGGCAGUAGCAGAGAAAGUUUAUAAUAACCGAGAGACACCUGAAGAGAAGCAGACUAGAGCCGCCGACCGGCAGACCCGAAACAUGGCUCGCAUUCUCCUGGGCGCCACCAGCGCCCAGCCGAACGAACGAGAGAAGAGAUUGAGACAAGUGGCAGAAGGUGAGCCAAAACCUAACCCCCAAGGAAAACCAAAGUUAGGACAGAACCAGUGUGCAUAUUGUAAAAAAGAAGGACAUUGGGUUAGGUUAAGGAUUGCCCUAAAAAGUUCAAGCAAGGAACCAACGUUUUGGCUCUGGGGGACCUGAGUGACUAGGGGAGACGGGGCCUGGAACCCCUCCCCGAGCCCAGGGUAACCUUAAAAGUGGAGGGGAUCCCAGUUGAGUUUUUAGUGGACACUGGGGCCGAACAUUCUGUCCUGCUUGACCCACGGGGAAAACUCUCUUCAAAGACUUCAUGGGUGCAGGGGGCCACUGGUAUGAAAAAAUAUUCAUGGACUACCCGAAGAAACCUAGAUCUGAGCACGGGCUGGGUAUCCCACUCUUUCAUGGUCAUACCAGACUGCCCCUACCCACUGCUUGGCCGAGACUUGCUAACCAAAAUAGGAGCCCAGAUCCAUGUCUCACCUGAGGGUGUGAAUGCUAUGGACCCGGCCGGUAGGCCGGUACAAGUUCUCACCAUGCAAAUAGAAGAUGAGUACAGAUUACACCAAGGCCCCUCCGAAGUAGCCCCUGAGGCUGAUAUGCAACAGUGGCUUAAUGAAUACCCACAAGCCUGGGCAGAAACCGGAGGUCCAGGCUUAGCCAAACAUCGGCCCCCAAUCUAUAUUGAAUUAAAACCAGGAGCAGAGGCCGUCAGAGUCAAGCAAUAUCAG